UGCGCGUUAGUCUUCUAGAGCCUUCUUCACGUGGUUCGAUAAGCGUGUCUCCGGUACGAGUGGUUCAGUCUUUUCUCUACUGAUUCAUCCACACGCAAGAUCUGCUGCUCUAAAACAUCUACUGCAGACAUGGCUAAAGCUUUCCUGAAAUUUCUACCAAUGUUUGACCGAGUUCUGGUGGAGCGGCUAGCAGCAGAGACAGUGACGAAAGGAGGCAUCAUGAUUCCAGAAAAGUCCCAAGGCAAAGUGCUGCAGGCUACAGUAGUGGCUGUGGGACCUGGAACAACCAAUAAGGAUUUCUACAAUUGGCCUGAUGAGUCAUUUGAGGAGAUGGACAGCACUCUGGCAGUGCAACAGUAUAUUCAGCAAAACAUUCGCUCAGACUGCUCCAACAUAGAAAAGAUCCUGGAGCCUCCAGAGGGACAGGAUGAGGGAGUAUGGAAGUAUGAACAUCUCAGGCAAUUUUGUUUGGAACUUAAUGGCUUGGCAGUUAAACUACAGAGUGAGUGCCAUCCUGACACGUGUACCCAGAUGACUGCCACUGAGCAGUGGAUUUUCCUGUGCGCUGCCCACAAAACUCCAAAAGAAUGUCCUGCCAUUGACUACACACGACACACUUUGGAUGGAGCAGCGUGCCUUCUUAACAGCAAUAAGUAUUUCCCUAGUCGUGUCAGCAUUAAGGAGUCAUCAGUAGCAAAGCUGGGAUCAGUUUGUCGUCGUAUCUACAGGAUCUUCUCUCACGCUUACUUUCAUCAUCGCCAGAUAUUCGACACGUAUGAGAACGAGACGUUCUUGUGUCACCGCUUCACACGCUUCGUGAUGAAGUACAACCUGAUGUCUAAGGACAACUUGAUUGUACCCAUCCUGGAAGAGGAGGGUCAGAGCAGCUCUACAGCAGAGAGUGAAGCCUGACUUCUGGCUAACUCACAACUCCACUCAAUAGUGCUGCAGACUGACCCAAACUGGAAUUCACAUCCACACAGCUCACUCAGGCCUGUAGACUCCAAGCCCCUGGGUUUUUCCACUCGCUUGUACAUAUGCUUUACUCGUCAAGUCCCAGCUUUAGAAUUAUACAGACCUGUUAGCCGUCACUCUCUCCAUUUCCUUUUACCACCCUGUAUAAACACAUGAUGGUUACCUCGUUGUUACUGUUAAGCGAUUGUGUGGGUGGAGGUGUCCCACUCACUUUGUAAAAGUCUCUAGGUAAUAUAUUUUAAUUAUGUCUGAUAAUAAAACACCUCAUUCCCAA